UUGUUUCCAUAGCGAGUCAAACACGAUAGGCAGGAGAACGAAACCAAGGGGGCGUGGCCGAGUCAAUUGCGCCGGCUCUUGUUCAGCCCUUGACGAUCUUUCAUGCAACUCCCCGACAUGAGCGACAGCAACAAGGAUAAAAACAGCAGCAGCAGUAGCAGCAGCGGCGGCACCUCGGAGGUACAGUUUCGCUGGCCCGACUCGGGAGGAGCAAGCAACGUUGGCGUUUCCGGGGCUUGGUGCGGAUGGUCUGAAACUGGAACGCCACUGUCUCCUGCGGAGGACAAGGACGGGAGGGUGCUGUUCUCAGGAACGGUCCUUCUGCCGCGCGGCAACCACAAGUUCCGGUUCGUCGUAGACGGAGAGUGGCGCCACGACCCGGAGCUGCCGACCGAACGGGACGAGGCCACCGGGGAGGUGUGCAAUGUUGUCAAGGUUUCUCACAAGGGCGAUCUAAGGGUGCGGCUACCGGAGCAAAUGCUGUCCGAAGACAUUAACAGCGCGGAGGCGACGGACUACCUCAACUCCCUCAAGGAGUACAGCCUCAGCACGCCGAGCCCGCCAUCUUCCCUCAAGGCCUCGAGCUACUUCGGAGAAGGCGACGACGACGGAGGUGACGACGCUGCUGCUGCUGCUGCUGCUGCUGCUGCUGCUGCUGCUGCUGCUGCUGCUGUUGCUAAUCCCGCAUCAUCAUCAUCAUCUGGGGGGCAGCAGGACGACUGCCUGGAGCAGGCGUCGCAAGCGACCCGGAUGGCCCGGGUGAUGAUGUCCCGGCGGAGGAGAGAGGUGGAGGCGUCGUCCCUCGCGGCGGUGGGAGCUUGCCUCGUGUCCUCGUCGGUGCGGAAGGACGGAAAGUUGAUCGUGGCGAUGGUCGGGCUGCCGGGUCGCGGCAAGUCCUUCGUUGCCAGGUCCAUCCUGCGGCACCUGGACUGGAUGGGCCUAAAGAGCCGGAUCUUCAGCACCAAGGACCGGAGGCGGAAGGAGAUCGCCGUGUACGAGCCUGUGAACUACUUCGACGCAGGAGGAGAGGGCGAGAAGAUCCGCGAACGCCUUGCCGCCGAGAUGCUGGCCGAGGCCCUCGAGGCUCUGCAGAGCGACAUCGACAUCGCCAUCUACGACGCGUCCAACAUCAACUCGGAGCGGAGGCGUGUGCUUAAUAACACGGUGGUGGCGUCGGGGUUGCAUGCAAAGGUGGUGUUCAUCGAGAGCAUCUGCAACGACGAGGAGCUGGUGCGGCGGAACAUCGUGGCGAUACAGGAGUCCUCCCCAGAGUACGUGCAGAAGACCGUCGAGGAAGUGGAGCGGGACGUCAGGAGCCGGAUCGAGCGAUACGAACGGAUCUAUGAGCCGCUGGACGCUCAAGAAGGCGACAGUUUCAUCAAGCUCAUCGACGCGGGAAGCCAGGCAAGUAUGGUGACGAACCUAAUCAGCGGUUACAUCCCCGGGAGGAUAACGCUUCUUUGUCUUAACCUGCACCUCAAGCCGCGGCCUAUCUGGAUGUCCCGCCACGGGGAGAGCGAGUUCAACAUGCAGGGCCGCAUCGGGGGUGAUGCGCCGUUGACGGCCGCAGGGAAGGUGUACGCCGCGAGACUGGACGAGUUCAUGAGCAAGCUCUACCCCCCCCGCCGAAAACGGCAAGGAGGUGCCGCCGCCUCCGCCUGUGGGCCCGAUGAUGGUGGUGGUGGUGGUAGCCGUGACGGGUUGGGAGGAGGGGGGGCGGGUGGGGGGGGGGGGG